GCAUCCGAAAUCACAAUCAAUCCAGCCAGCGAGCCUGCGAGCGAACGAACCCUUCCUUCCCCGUCUUUUCCUUCCGCCUCACCAACCUCUCCUCUCGCCUCGCCUCGCCUCGCUCCGGAUUUCGCCUCUCGAUUCUUCCGGAUACCGCCACCCCGCGCCGCCGCGGCCGCUGCCGCUGCCGCUGCUGCCAUCAUCGUCCUCAUCCGGAUUGCCGCCCGACCAAUCGCCAUUCGCUUCGCCCAACCACUCCAUCAUCGGUCGCGCCGCACUGGCUAAUCCAAUCUAAUCUGGUUUAUCCCGGUGUUUGUUUGUUUGUUGGGGGGUCGCUGUGCAAUUUUGACGCGGUCUGGGUCUGUUGUUUCUGGGCUGAAUCCGAGCUAGUGAUCUGCGGCGAGGGCGAGGGUUGCGGGGUGUGUUUGUGUGGGAUUGAUUAGUAGAUCCGUGCGGCGGGCGGGCUCGCUCGUCGGAUGUGUGGAUCCAGGCGAGGGGAGGUGAGGUGAGGUGAGGCCCGGACGGCGAGCGAUGCCGGGCGUCGGCGUGAAGAUCUACAGCGUGUUCUUCAAGCUCCUCCUCCGCCACAAGCUCCAGUCGCUCGCGGCGGCGGGAGGAGGGGAGGCCGCCGCCGCGGACGCCGUGGCUUUCGGGGUCUCCUGCCGCUCGGACGAGGCCACGGCGCCGUCGAACCCGACGUUCUCCGCGGCCGACGGCGUCGCCUCCAAGGACCUCCACAUCGACCCCAACUCCUCCCUCUCCGUCCGCAUCUUCCUCCCCACCCCGCCGCCGCACCUGCACAGCCUCGGCCUCCGCCCACGGCGCGCCAGCGAGCCCCCGCCUGCCACCGGCGCGCCCUACAGGGGAUACCUGCCGCACGCGGUCUCCUCCCCGCGCGCCGCGGCCUCCGCGCGACGGAGGCUGCCCAUCGUCGUCCAGUUCCACGGCGGGGGGUUCGUGUCCGGGAGCAGCAGCUCCGCCGCCAACGACGCCUUCUGCAGGAGGGUUGCCAAGCUAUGCGACGCCAUCGUCGUCGCCGUGGGCUACAGGCUCGCGCCGGAGAGCCGCUAUCCUGCGGCGUUUGAUGAUGGGGUAAGGGUGCUCAGGUGGAUCGCCAAGCAAGCGAAUCUCGCCAUGAUGAGCAAGGUUGGGGGCGGGGUGGACACAUUCGGUGCCUCUACUGUCGAGCCGUGGAUUGCCGCCCAUGGUGAUCCUGCAAGAUGUGUACUACUUGGUGUAAGCUGUGGUGCCAAUAUUGCUAAUUUUGUCACUCGGAAGGCAGUGGAAGAUGGAAAGCUAUUUGACCCUAUCAAGGUUGUUGCACAGGUUCUGAUGUACCCAUUCUUCAUAGGGAGUGUUCCAACACACUCGGAAAUAAGGCUCGCAAACUCGUACUUCUAUGACAAGUCAACAUGUAUACUUGCCUGGAGAUUAUUUUUAUCAGAGAAGGAGUUCAGCCUGGAUCAUCCUGCUGCCAACCCUCUGGCUCCUGAUAGAGGAGGGCCACCGCUGAAAUGCAUGCCCCCAACCUUGACAGUCAUUGCGGAACAUGACUGGAUGAGGGAUCGAGCGAUUGCUUACUCGGAGGAGCUCCGCAAGGUGAAUGUCGAUGCACCUGUCCUCGACUACAAGGAUACAGUUCAUGAGUUUGCAACCCUCGAUGUGUUCCUCAAGACACCGCAGGCCCAGGCCUGCGCCGAGGACAUUGCCAUAUGGAUGAAGAAAUACAUAUCCCUCCGAGGACAUGAGUUCUCGUACUAGUUGUAGAAAAUAUAUCAGAAAUGUGAAAUAGACUUACGGGAAAGCAUCAACAUGUUCUUUUUCACCUGGUAAUGGGAGGAACUGCAAAGCGGAGGCGAGGAACCUGUUAGCCUAAUGUGAGUACUGGGUAAUUUUUUUCCCAAUUUAUUGAUGGUCUUUGUGACAGAAAAUGUAGUGUGCAAAUUGUAGACCGAACUCAAAGACGAUGCUCUCCCACCUGUAGAGCUCAAUUCUUUCAUUUCUUUUGUACCCUUUGUGUAAUAUGAAAUUGUUGGGGCUUGAAUUUACCAUUUUUGAGAAGGCAAA